GUUCUCUGUGCCCUGAUACUCAGCUAGGAGAAAGACCUGGCGAUCCAUCACAUUCCAGACUCUGCAGAGGACCAGGGAAGAUUGGAGGGCAUCAACCCAUUCUGGCUUGGUAUGUACUAUGUACUAGUUUAGUAUCAAGAACGCUGCAUAUCUUUACUUUGGUUCAGUGUAGAAAAUGAAAUUGUUCUGGUAGUUUAUGGCCAGAGUUGUGAGGUUGAAGGAGGUGUGCAGUGAGAAUACUGAGAGUAAUGUGUGAUGGAUGGAUUUAGUAACCUUCCAGACCAAGUUGCCCAUUACAUUCUUUCCUUCCUUACUAUAACAGACCUUGCUCGUUUCGGCUGUGCGUCGAAACGAUGCAGAGAACUUUAUCUGUCAGCCCCAUCGUUGAAUUUUGAUGGAUUUUCCGUCGCGAAUCAAUCCACGUGUAUGAAGCGGCAAAGGUUGUUCAAUUGUUUGGAUAGAUUCUUCUUUUGUCGUGGUGACAAUAAGAUACAGUCCUUUCGUGUUCGUUGGUUUAGUCACGUUGCAGAGGACAGAGUCAUGUAUUUAUCAAAUACAGACGAGGAUACCGACUAUAGCAAGGAUAGCGACAUAACAACAUGCUUCUGUGAAGAGCAUUUUCGAGUAAUGUCAUGGGUCCACAAUGCAGUAAGGUGCAAUGUGGAAGAGCUUGAUCUUGACAUCAGCCCUGGAAGUGAGAUAGCUCCGAAGUUUCCAUCUCAUGUUUUUCUUUGUGCAUCCUUGACAUCUCUAUCGGUGGACGUGGGCUGUACGAGUCUUACCGUGCCCUCCUUCACAUUUUCCUCUAAUCUCAAGUACUUGGAGUUGACAAAUGGUUUAGUAAAAGACGGAUUUUUCAAAUGGAUCUCAUCUUGCUGCAAAUGCAUUGAGGACUUAGUUCUACAAGAAGUUGCUGCGAAUAAUAUCACCAUUGAAAGCUCGUCUUUGAAGACAUUUUCUUUUGUGAAUGAUGAUUCAUUUGACGUACUUAACAUCUCAUGUGAGAAACUUGAAUCUUUAAUUAUGGAGUGGAUAAUCCAAUCACCUAGCAAAUAUUCAUUAAAUAUUUUUGCCCCAAGGCUCAAGUAUUUCAGUUGGAAGGGGAAUUUGAUGAACCACCGAAAUCUUGGAAAUUUAGAAAUCCUACAAGAAGCUGAAAUUCUUAUGAAGCCUAAAGGAGAUGAGUUUGAGAAUGUAUUUGAGGUUCUUUGCAGUUUAAGCAGGGCUAAAGUUCUUACCCUAAAUGAAGAGACCAUUAAGGCUCUGUUUCGGGGAGGAUCCAUGCCACCACCAUUAAAUAAUGUUUGUUCUCUGGGUCUGCGGAUUGGAAAUGUUGUUGAUGAGUUAGUCCCAGCUAUGGUUUCUCUUUUUAGAGGAAUGCCAAAUUUGUGUAAUAUGCUCAUAAAUACUAAGCCACCUCUGGAUGACCCUAAAUCUAAUGCAUCUGGGUUUAAUAUCGGAUAUUGGAAGAUGCAAAACAUCGCUUUUAUUAAUCAGCUUAAGGAUGUUACCAUAAAGCUUUCUGAUGGGUCUAAUGGAGUUGAGCUAGUAAGGUUUAUGCUCGAGCGUGCUCAGAAUUUGGAGAAAAUGCUCAUAAUUUGUUUACCCCAGAAUUUGGGUGACAAUAUGAGGAGGUUAGAAGAAAGCAAGAAAUUUUCCCGUGCCACAGUUCUGUUCAAGGAAAGUCGAGACUUCUUACCGUGAAUGUUGAUGGAUCAAUUGGGGCAAUUAUUUAGAUCUGUAAUGCUUCAGAGUUUAAGCAACAAUGUUCAUUGUGCACUGCUACAUUAUUGUAUUCGUUGUACAGUAUGAACAAUUCAGAAGGCAUUAGUUUUCUUAAGAAUUUAUUUUGGAUGUUA